CAUGACCUGACUGUCCUCCACGCUUUCACUAACACUCCCAGUUAUGAAAUAUCUAUAUCCAACAUCUCAUGAUCUACAUACCCUCACCAAAUCUCACCUCUCCUUGAAGAUUGCUCGUCACUCACCAUGUUCUGUUUGCUCGACAUGUGAAAGGUUGAUUCCACCACCUGCAGUUGAAAUCGUACUUGACGAUACAUCAAAUCCCCCACUACUCGGUGACCUUGGGCAAUAUGGUUCGGACGAUGACGAACCGACGAGCUAUCUUGAUACAUGUUCGUGUGGCCAUAGUACAGUGGAGCAUGGUGCCAACGAACACGAAAUUGGCCCAGAAGAAUUCAGACGGAGAAGCCAAGUUGCGGUUCGAUUAGAUGAGCUUCUUCAGGUCAGGCUCAAGACACGACUAUCUACUAUCUACUCUGUUCUAAAGAUAAGUUUAGGACGUCAACAAACUUCUCGAUUUCGAAUAUAGCGACGAAGACAUUGCAUCGCUCAGGCAGCGCAUGAAACUCCCAAUCUCUGUUGUAGCACCUAUAUCACCCAUAAUAGGUUCCACUUCGUCUGCUCUACUAUCCAGAAGUCCUCCGUUAUCAUCCCCGGAAUCCUCUAUCCUCAGUGACUCGGAUGUACCCCCUCCCAAUAAGAAACGUCGGAUAUCCUUUUCAUCUGGAAGUGAUGAUGCUCAAGGUACCCGAGCACUACUUGACGAGGACGAUGAUGACGACGAGGAAGAUCGUCCCCUGGCAGCGAGAAUGGCACAGAAAAGUGCUGCAAAGGCUCCUCCCAAAGGCUCAAAAACCUCUAAGAAGGCAGCUGCCUCCCGGGUCCCCGCCCUGUCGUCGACGAUGAACGGGAAUGGGAGAACUACCGAAGUAGAAUCAAAGAUCAAGGAAGAAAGACUUGACGAUACCCAACUAGACCGCCUCGCAACCGGCGUUCCCGUAGACUCGGCAGAGUCCAGCGGUCCCCCUGUGAAGACGGAGAAGGCUGCUGUGGUCGAGUUAAGGAGCGGUAUCAUCAGUGUAACAGCAGUCGAAAAUGACAAACAACCGCGUUCUCUCGUUAUUUUGACGGGACUCAAGACGUUGUUUCAAAAGCAGUUACCCAAGAUGCCGAGGGAGUAUAUAGCGCGACUGGUCUACGAUAGCAAUUCCAAAGCGCUUGCCAUCCUUAAACGAGGAUACAAGGUCGUAGGAGGGAUAUGUUAUCGGCCGUUCCCCCAGCGAGGUUUCGCUGAGAUUGUCUUCUUCGCGACUGCCUCGGUUGACCAAGUUAAGGGAUAUGGUGGGAUGCUUAUGGAUCACUUCAAGGCCCACAUUAGGAACACAUACCCCGAUAUGUGGCAUUUCCUGACCUACGCUGACAAUUAUGCUGUCGGUUACUUCGAAAAGCAAGGGUUCUCGAAGGAUAUUACGCUGGAUCGUUCUGUAUGGGCCGGUUAUAUCAAAGAUUACGAAGGAGGCACGAUCAUGCAGUGCACCAUGCUUAGGAAGGUGGACUAUCUUGACAAAACGAAUAUUGUAAAUUCGCAGCAGGAAGCCAUCAUGACCAAAAUUCGACAAAUGUCUCGAUCCCACAUUGUGCAUCCCGGCUUGCCUCAAUUUCAGGCUGGAGCACCGCCAGGUGUGGUCGUUGAUCCCAAGGAGGUACCAGGACUCAGUACGUUCUCUGGUGUCUAUGCCAUUGACGCUAACGGAACUGCCUCGUUUGCAGGGGAAAGUGGAUGGUCACCCUUGAUGGCAGAGAGCCUGCGAAGGACAGUGCCGAAGAGCGCUGACCGCUUGUUCAUGGAUCAUCUACUGCGAGAACUGCAAAAUCAUAACCAAGCGUGGCCUUUCCUCAAGCCGGUCAAUGUUGACGACGUUGCGGAUUAUCUCUUUUAUAUCAAGGAACCGAUGGACUUCAGCACUAUGGAACACAAACUCGAUAAUAACCAGUACAGCACGGUUGAUGACUUCACCCGAGACGCACAGUUGGUAUUCGACAACUGCCGACUUUACAAUGAUGAGGGGACGAUUUACCAUAAAUGCGCCAAUGCACUAGAGAAAGUUAUGAGGAACCAAUUGAAGGAACGGAUCAAACGUGAAUCGUAGUGCACCAUUCAUGCAGACACCCCAUUGGAAAGGACACCCGAUGUAUAUAGAUAUGUGACUAAUAUUACAC